CGCACAGGGACCCCGGGCAGCUGUCUCCCGCCCCGGGGUCCGAGCCCGGCCCAUCUUCCCUACGCGGCGGGGAAACUGAGGCCCAGGGACGGGAGGGAGCACCCCAGGUCGCAAAGCCUGCUUUCCCAGGGCCGUAGUUCAGCAGCAUCCGAUAACAAAAAUAAGUAUUGUAACAAGUGUUGUACUGUAUUAUUUUGUGUGACAACAAUGAUAACGAGUCACUUGCACACCAUGCCUUGGCUCUGGCAAUACCUGGAUCAGCGACACAGGCACAGGACCGGUGGCUGUGCUCUGAGCCAAGGCCCAGCCCAGCGCAAGGCCGGCCGCGGCGGGAGGAGCCUGCAGGCCGCCCGGCCCCUCGGCCCCUGCCCUGGGAGGAAGCGCCCACGAGUAAACACAGCCUCAUCAUCCAGCCCAGCGGGUCUGUCGCAUUCCACGCCGGCCAGAUUGCAGUCACCACAGCUCUCCCUUCCUGGGAGGAUGAGUGAGCUUCGCGUCCAGGGGAGAUGUGUGCGGGCAAUUCUCAUCUCUGUGCCCCUCGUCCUCCUGGGCUGCUGGGGACUCCCUGAUUUCCGGCAGCAGUUUCUUCAGGCUUUGGAGCCAGAGGAAGUGACCGCUUACUUUGGCCCUGACGCUGCCUCCGAAGGACCCUGGCUCUCGGCCCUGCCCCCCGCCCCGCCAGGCCGUCCUCCCGCCCCUCGCCUCCGGAGACGGGCUGCCAGGAGCCUCCUGCACCUGGAGCUGCUGGUGGCCGUGGGCCCCGACGUCCACCGGGCCCACCGGGAGGACACGGAGCGCUACGUGCUCACCAACCUCAACAUGGGGUCAGAGCUGCUUAGGGACCCAUCCCUGGGAGCUCAGUUCCGAGUGCACCUGGUGAAGAUGGUCAUCCUGACGCAGCCUGAGGAUGCUCCGAAUAUCACAGCCAACAUCACCGCAUCACUGCUGAGCGUCUGUGAGUGGAGCAGGACAGUCAACCCUGAGGAUGACACGGAUCCCGGCCAUGCUGACCUGGUCCUCUACAUCACCAGGUUUGACCUGGAACUGCCUGAUGGUAACCGGCAGGUUCGGGGGGUCACCCAGCUGGGUGGUGUCUGCUCCUCCUCCUGGAGCUGCCUUAUCACUGAGGAUACCGGCUUCGAUCUGGGGGUCACCAUCGCCCAUGAGAUUGGGCACAGCUUCGGCCUGGAGCACGACGGCGCACCGGGCAGCGGCUGCGGGCCCAGCGGCCACGUGAUGGCUUCCGACGGCGCCGCGCCCGCCCGCGGGGGCCCGGCGUGGUCCCCCUGCAGCCGCCGGCAGCUGCUGAGCCUGCUCAGCGCAGGACGGGCGCGCUGCGUGUGGGACCCGCCGGGGCCGCAGUCCCAGCCCGCGGGGCACCCUCCCGAGGCGCACCCCGGCCUGUACUACGGCGCCGACGAGCAGUGCCGCGUGGCCUUCGGUCCCACGGCGGUCGCCUGCACCUUCCGCAGGGAGCACCUAGACAUGUGCCAGGCUCUCUCCUGCCACACAGACCCUCUGGACCAAAGCAGCUGUAGCCGCCUCCUGAUUCCUGUCCUGGAUGGGACAGAGUGUGGCGUGGGGAAGUGGUGCUCCAAGGGGCAGUGCCGCUCCCUGGCGGAGCUGGCCCCCGUGGGGGCGGUGCAUGGGCACUGGUCCAGCUGGGGCCCGGCCAGUCCUUGCUCCCGCUCCUGCGGAGGAGGUGUGGUCACCAGGAGACGGCAGUGCAACAACCCCAGACCUGCCUUUGGGGGGCAUGCGUGCGUAGGUGCUGACCUCCAGGCCAAGAUGUGCAACAGCCAGGCCUGCGAGAAGACCCAGCUGGGGUUCAUGUCGGAGCAGUGCGCACAGACCAACGGGGAGCCCCUGCGCCUCUCCCCGGGCAGCACCUCCUUCCACCGCUGGGUCACGGCCGAGCAGUACAGUCGAGGGGACGCUCUGUGUAGAUAUCUGUGCCGGGCCGUUGGCGAGAGCUUCCUUGUGAGGCGUGGGGACAGUUUCCUGGAUGGGACACGGUGUGUGCCAGGCAGCCCUCGGGAGGAUGGGACCCUGAGCCUGUGUGUGUCGGGCAGCUGCAAGACGUUUGGCUGUGACGGCAGGAUGGCCUCCGGGCAGGUGCGAGACGUGUGCCAGGUGUGUGGCGGGGACAACAGCACGUGCCGUCCUCAGAAUGGCUCUUUCACGGCCGGAAGAGCCAGAGAGUAUGUCACCUUCCUGACCGUUACCCCCAACCUGACCAGCAUAUACGUCGUCAACCACAGGCCUCUCUUCACGCACCUGGCAGUGAGGAUCCGUGGGCGCUACGUCGUGGCCGGGAAUGAGAGCAUCUCUCCCAGCACCACCUACCCCUCCCUCCUGGAGGACAGCCACGUCCAGUACAAAGUGACCCUGACUGAGGACCGGCUGCCCCGCCUGGAGGAGAUCCGCAUCCAGGGCCCCACCCAGGACGACAUGGAGAUCCAGGUUUACAGGCGCUACGGCGAGGAGUACGGCAGCCUCGCCCGCCCAGACAUCACCUUCACCUACUUCCAGCCCGAGCGUCGGCCGGCCUGGGCGUGGGCUCCCGUGCGGGGGGCCUGCUCGGUGAGCUGUGGGGCAGGGCUGCGCUGGGUGACCCACAGCUGUCGGGACCAGGCCGCGAACGAGUGGGCGGAGGCUGCCCGGUGCGCAGGGAGCCGGCAGCCGGCGGCGUGGUCCGAGUCGUGUGCGCCCAUGCCCUGUCCCCCGUCCUGGGCAGCCGGAGACUUCGGCCCGUGCAGUGCCUCCUGCGGAGGGGGCCUGCAGGAGCGGGCGGUGCGCUGUGUGCAGGCCCAGGGCGGCCUCCUGAGGACGGUGCCCCGCUCCCGGUGCAGAGCGCUGGCCCCGCAGCCGGCGGCCGUGGAGACCUGCUAUUCCCAGCCCUGCCCCCGGAGGGAGGUGCCAGAUGCGUGCUCGUCGGCCUGUGGAACAGAUCCGGCCGUGCAGAACACGACAUGUGUGCAGGGGGCAGAUGGCAUGGGGGCACCAGCAACUGCUGGGCCCUGCUCCGCAGACGAGAAGCCGCCUGCCCUUGAGCCCUGUAUCGAGGUGGCAUGUCCUCCGGGCUGGGGCCGUCCAGAUGCCCAGUCUCCAGGGGAGAAGGCUGCACCCCCAGCGGGCAGUGCCAGGCCAGAGGCUCGUGCAGCACACGUGUGGACUCCCUUGGCGGGGCCGUGCUCCGUCUCCUGUGGUCAAGGCCUGAUGGAGCUGCGUUUCGUGUGCAUGGACUCUGCCCUCAGGACAGCCGUCCGGGAAGAGCUGUGUGACCUGGCAAACAAGCCUGGGAGCCGGCAGGAGGUCUGCCAGGCUGCCCCUUGCCCGGCUUGGUGGGAGACCCGAGCCUUGGCACCGUGCCCCGUGACCUGUGGAGGGGGGCGGGUGCCGCUGGCUGUUCGCUGUGUGAGGGUGGACCAAGGCCGCUUGGUCUCCCUGCCUCAUUCCAAGUGCCGGCCGGUGCCCCGGCCCAGGCCCCUCCAGGACUGCAGCCCGGAGCCCUGCCCUGCCAGGUGGCGGUACCAGCUGGCGGCCUGCAGCGUGACCUGUGGGGGAGGAGUCGCGCAGAGGAUCCUGUACUGCGCCCGGGCCCACGGGGAGGACAAGGACGAGGAGAUCCUGCCGGAUACCCAGUGCCAGGGGCUGCCUCGCCCAGAGCGGCAGGAGGCCUGCAGCCCAGAGCCCUGCCCGCCCAGGUCAGCAGCCCCAGGACGUUCAGGCAGCGCCGAGGAGUUGUCGCCCGCCGCUUCGGAGAAAAGACGCCGGAGGAAGCAGGAGCGCGACCGGAAGAAGAGGAAGCGGAGCGAGCUGAGAGCAAAGGAGAAGGCGGCGAAGGCCCCCGACGGGGCGGAGGCUGCCGAGCCACCUCCCGAGGCGCCCCGCGAGGAGGCGCAGGCCCGGCCGGGGCUGCUCUUCAAUAAGGUGAGCGCCGCGCGGCCAGGCUGA